UUUCCUCUCUUUUCUUUUCCUUCUUUCUUUUUUCUUCAUCUUUCUCUCUCCUCUCUAUUCUCCUUUCACCUUCAUCUAUAAACACCCACAUCUAUCCAACACAAUGUCUUCCCGCCUUGCUCAGAUCUCUUCUCACUUGACUGUUCAGCCUACCUCGGCUGCUUCUUCCUCUAUCCAGACAAAGAUCGGUGUCAAGUCUCCUGAUGAUGUGGUCAUUGUCGAUGCUGUCCGCACCCCCAUGACCCGUGGCAAGAAGGGUGGCUUCAAGGAUACCGUUCCUGAGGAUCUUUUGGCCGCUGUCCUCAUUGCCAUCAAAGACCGCACCAAGAUCGAUCCUGCUCUUGUUGAUGAUAUCUGCGUCGGCAACGUUCUCCAGGCUGCUGGUGGUGCCACUGUCUCACGUAUGGCUGCUCUCUAUGCCGGAUACCCUGAGAAGACCUCGAUCUACACCACCAACCGUCAGUGCUCCUCUGGAUUGCAAGCUGUUGUCAACAUCGCUACCCACAUCCAGGCUGGUUUGAUCGAUAUCGGUAUUGGCGCUGGUGUCGAGUCCAUGACCAUGGGUUACGGUCCUUCUGCUAUGGCCUCCCAGACCUCCGAGAAGAUUCCUGAUGCUUGCGACGCUGCUGCUGACUGCCAGCUCCCCAUGGGUAUCACUUCCGAGAACGUCGCCUCAGAGUUCAACGUCACCCGCCAGAAGCAGGACGAGUUUGCUGCUCUCUCCUUCGCCAAGGCUUCAAAGGCUCAGGCCGAGGGCAAGUUCGACAGCGAGAUUGUCCCCGUCAAGACUAUCAUCAAGGAUGCAGAGGGUAACGAGAAGGAGAUUACUGUCAGCAAGGAUGAUGGUAUCCGUGCCGACACCACUCUUGAGAAGCUUGCCAAGCUCCGUCCUGCUUUCGAUGGUGCCACCACCGCCGGUAAUGCCUCUCAGGUCUCUGAUGGUGCCGCUGCUGUUCUCUUGAUGAAGCGCAAGACUGCAGAGAAGUUGGGUCUCCCCAUCCAGGGCAAGUACAUUUGCUCCGCUGUUGUUGGAUGCGCCCCCAAGAUCAUGGGUAUCGGCCCAGCCGUUGCUAUCCCAGCUGUCUGCGAGAAGGCUGGUGUCAAGAUCCAGGACAUUGAUGUCAUUGAGUUGAACGAGGCUUUCGCUUCCCAGGCUGUCUACAGCAUCGAGAAGUGCGGUUUGGAUAUCAACAAGGUCAACCCUGUCGGAGGUGCCAUUGCCAUGGGUCAUCCUUUGGGAUGCACUGGUGCUCGUCAGAUCGCUACUCUCCUCCCCGAGUUGAAGCGCCAGAACAAGAAGCUCGGUUUGACCACCAUGUGCAUUGGUACUGGCAUGGGUAUGGCUGCCAUCUGGGAGAGGGAGUAAAGAACCUUAGAAAAAAAUAUUAGCCUAGCUUUAAAAAAAACAAUAACCAUCAAAUAAUAGAGUUUGUAUAUAAUAUUAAAUAAAAAAAAG